AUGUGGGCAUCAAGAAAUAGUCAUCUUGAAGUUGUUAAAUAUCUUAUCUCUGUUGGAGCUGAUAAAGAUGCAAAGAAUAAAAAUGGAUCUACUCCACUCAUUCUUGCGUCAUAUAAUGGUCAUCUUGAAGUUGUUAAAUAUCUUAUCUCUAUUGGAGCUGAUAAAGAAGCAAAAGAUGUAAAUGGAUGGACUCCGCUCAUUUUUGCAUCACAAGCAAAUCAUCUUGAAGUUGUUGAAUACCUUAUCUCUAUUGGAGCUAAUAAAGAUGCAAAGGAUGCUUCUGUGAUAAAAUAUCCAUUCUCAAUUUGA